AUGGCCCUCCCUCCGGGCCCUGCAGAGGACAGUCAGGCUCCGGGGGACCCCAGUGCCUCAGAGGAGUCCCCAGGGCCCAGCCAGUCCCCCAUCAGCCCGGCGGCCAGCAGGAAGGCCCUUCUCCGGGAGUUGGAGGCUCAGGUUCAAGAGGCCUAUGGGCAGAAUCGGGAGCUGCGCCCAGAGGAGAUUGAAGAGCUGCAGACAGCCUUCCAGGAGUUUGACCGGAACCAGGACGGCUUCAUUGGCUGUGGGGAUCUGGGCGCUUGCAUGCGAAUGUUGGGGUACAUGCCCACCGAGAUGGAGCUCAUCGAGAUUUCCCAGCAGAUCAGUGGCGGGAAGGUGGACUUCGAAGACUUUGUGGAACUGAUGGGCCCCAAGCUGCUGGCUGAGACCGCCGACAUGAUCGGGGUCCGGGAACUGCGAGAUGCCUUCCGGGAGUUCGACAUCAAUGGAGACGGCCGCAUCAGUUUUGGGGAGCUCCGGGUGGCGCUCAAGGGCCUGCUAGGCGAGAGGCUCACCCAGCGGGAGACGGACGAAAUUCUCCGGGACAUGGACCUCAACGGGGACGGCCUGGUGGACUUUGAAGAGUUUGUACGAAUGAUGUCUCGCUGA